UCGGUGAAGCAGGCUGCACAGUCAGAUCGAGGAAGAACAUCAUAACAAACCACACGCUUUUACGAUUUACAAGUUUCAAACGAUCAAAUGCUGGUAAAGAUAGAUAAACCAGCCUCCUGUUGUUGUUAAUGACUCAAGACAAACGACGUAUGUUAAGCUGUGUGAAAGGAUAUUGUUUUUACAUCAUAAGGAAGGCUGACGAUAGCCUAUUUUGGUGCGCUUGCAGGUUUCCAUUUUUCCAUCUCUAAAAUUCAUAGGCUGCAAAGCACAAUGCAAAAACAGGAAGAAGACACGCUACAGCGCUUGCCUUCGUGUGUCGUGGGGUUGAAGUCGCAACGUACUACGAUAGAGCGGAGCGAUGUCAACACGAACCAUAUUGAAACGGUGGAUCACAAGCAAGCCUGCAUGGACCUUGAGAAGGCUACUCAAGUCAUCAUGGAAACGUUACAGGCCACGCUAACGAGACGCAAGAAAGCCUGCAUGGAACUGGAGAUGGCCUCUCAAGUCAUCAUACAAGCAUUACAGCACGAAGUAGGAAGGAACCAGGAGCUCUGCGUGGUGAUUCGCUGCCUGGAAGAGAAGGAGGUGGAGACUGGGCGGAGCCUAACAGAGCAGGUGGAGUCAAACAAGCAGCUGAAGCUGAAGAUCGAUGAACUAAAGAAACACCUGGAGGAGAAGGACCACUCACUGACACAGGCCAACCAGGCCGUGUCUUUAUUGAAGGACAAACUAAGGGAGCUGCUACAGAGUAAACGGAGCAAUCGCAGGACGAUGCAGGAAGUGGAUGAGUGGCUGCAGGCUGACGAGACCCAGGUCAAGACUGAGAAUAGCUCUCUCCAGUCAGACCAGAUGACAUCAGCAGAGGAAUCAUCUGAUGCUGAUGAUCCAGCGGCACCAACAUCCGGGAAUAACAAGGAAGAUGCAGGUGAUGAUGAUGAUGAUGAUGCGAUGACUAAUGAGGAAGAUGCAGGUGAUGAUGAUGGAAAGCCAUCUCCCGCCGCCUCUGUCUCGCACGCACACAGGAAGGACUCCAGCUCCUCCGUCUCACGCACGCGGCCCGAGGACGCUUCCAGAAAGUUCCCCUGCCCCACCUGUGGCAAGCGCUUCCGGUCGCGCUCGCAGGUCAAAGUUCACGAGCGCUCGCACACACGGGAGAAGCCCUUUUCUUGCGCGCAGUGCGGCAAGUCCUACACGCAGAGAACCAGCCUGACGGUGCACGAGCGCACGCACUCCGGGGAGCGUCCGUACGCGUGCGCCUACUGCGGCAAGACCUUCGUCACGCCGAGCCACGUGGCGGCGCACGAGAACACGCACACGGGCGAGAGGCCCUACGCCUGCGAGCAGUGCGGCAAGCGCUUCUCCCAGCGCCAGGCGCUCACGCGGCACCUGCGCAUCCACACGGGCGAGAAGCCGCACGCCUGCGACACCUGCGGCCGCCGCUUCCUGCGCAGGGAGGACGUGGAGCGCCACCAGCGCACGCACCUGGGGGAGCGAGCGCACCCCUGCUCACGCUGCGACAAGGUGUUCGCCACGGCGGAGUACCGCGACGUCCACGAGCGCACACACGCAGGGGAGUAGGGGUCACACACCUGCGCACGCACACAGAGAGGGGAGUAGGGCGCACACACACCUGCGCACGCACACAGAGAGGGGAGUAGGGGCCACACACACCUGCGCACGCACACAGAGAGGGGAUUAGGGCGCACACACACCUGCGCACGCACACAGAGAGGGGAGUAGGGGCCACACACACACCUGCGCACGCACACAGAGAGGGGAGUAGGGCCACACACACCUGCGCACGCACACAGAGAGGGGAGUAGGGGCCACACAUACCUGCGCACGCACACAGAGAGGGGAGUAAGGCGCACACACCUGCGCACGCACACAGAGAGGGGAGUAGGGGCGCACGCACCUGCGCACGCACCUGGGUGAGCCAGCGCACCCCUGCUCACGCUGCCACAAGGAGCACCGUGACGUCCACGAGCGCACGCACGCAUGGAGGGGAGUAGGGUCGACACACCUGCGCUGCUCGUUACUGCGGAUCAUCCAUUGAACGUCCAUUAACACAAUUACACUGUGUGUGUUUUGGGAAUCAUCCAUUGAGCGUCCAUUAACACAAUUACACUGUGUGUGUUUUUCUGUUUUGUUUUGUUUUUUUUGUACAGUUUUUUGUAUUUCUAGGUAAUAUUUGGAUAUUUGAAGUGAACUAAAAGCAGCAGUAAGAGAUCAGCAAGAAUGGCUGGCAUGUGAAUGGGGAAAAAAAUGUGUCAAUAAAGAAAAGGUUAUCAAAACAUGUUAAAACUAUCAUGAUUUAAUGAUGGCUCGACAAUGUUAAAGGAAUUAUCCGGAGUAAAAUGCACUUUAGAUCAAUUUAGGGAUGAUUGGGAGUACAUACGUUGAGUUGACAUCACAUCAUGUCAUUCGGAUGUGUUUUGAGAGAGUUUGAUUUUACCGUUUUACCGAAUGGGGAAAAACAUGUGUCAAUAAAGAAAAGGUUAUCAAAACAUGUUAAAACUAUCAUGAUUUAAUGAUGGCUCGACAAUGUUAAGGUUUUAUCAUUUUUUCAUUCAGUAGCAAUUAACAGUUUGGCAAGACACUGCAGACCCUUUGCUAAAGUGUGUUUAUGUUUGUGAAUAGACCUCUGAAGUUUGCCUACAAAAAAGCCACCAUCUUUGUCCAAAUAAGGAGAUCUGGUAUCUUAAGAUUUUUUUUCUAUGGGGAAAUAACAUGGGGAUAUUGAAUUAUCGCACCUGUUUAACUCUGGCAGGGAUGAAGACAUUGAAAAUGCAGAUGUUUUGCGCUAUACACAGUGUUGUCCUCUGCCUUCGGAUACUGUGAUCUUCAAUAGGUGAAGAUGGCAUACUUUGAUCUUUGCUACCCCUGAGAUAACUUACAAUGCAUCUUGCCAUAGGUAGUUAGCUUCAAUUAACACCCGGAUCUCCAUAUAUUUUACAUAUAUUUUCAUAAUAUAUUUGUAAAUAUAUGUAAAUAUUCGAAACAGGCUC